ACCUGUGAAGCUGGGAUAGGGUCAGCGCCCUAAAGCCAGCCCCUUCUCUUUUGCCAAGACCUGCCUCUGCGCAGCCCUAAGUGGGUGCAGCUGGAAUCCUGAGCCUGCGAUGGAGCCCCGGCUGGGGCCCAAAGCUGCCGCCCUCCACCUGGGCUGGCCGUUCCUGCUGCUGUGGGUCUCCGGCCUGAGCUACUCUGUCUCCUCCUCAGCUUCUCCCUCUCCUUCUCCGGUGUCCCGAGUCCGAACGAGCUACAAUUUGGGAAGGACUUUCCUCGGUCUUGAUAAAUGUAACGCCUGCAUCGGGACAUCUAUUUGCAAGAAGUUCUUUAAAGAAGAAAUAAGGUUUGACAACGGGCUGGCCUUAAACCUUGGACCACCUCCUGACAACUUGCCUUCUUACUCUGCAAAUUACUCAGAUGAUUUCAAAACCUGGCGCCCUGUGGAGAUCUCAAGGCUGGUCAGCAAACAGCAAAACAAGAUCUCAGACAGGAGAAUCUGUGCCUCCGCAGCUGCCCCCAAGACCUGCAGUAUUGAGCGUGUCCUGCGGAAAACAGGGAGGUUCCAGAAAUGGCUGCAGGCCAAGCGACUCACACCAGACCUGGUGCGGGGCCUGUCCAGCCCUCUCUUGCGCUGCCCAUCACAGCGACUCCUGGAUCGUGUGGUCCGGCGCUAUGCAGAGGUGGCUGACGCUGGCAGCAUUUUCAUGGACCACUUCACGGACCGGGACAAGCUGCGUCUCCUCUACACGUUAGCAGUCAACACGCAUCCUGUCCUUCUACAGAUCUUCCCGGGCGCUGAGGGUUGGCCGCUUCCCAAGUACCUGGGCUCCUGUGGUAGAUUUCUGGUCAGUACCAGCACCAGUCCGCUGCAGGAAUUCUAUGAUGCGCCCCCAGACCAGGCAGCCGACCUGGCCUACCAGCUCCUGGGUGUCCUGGAAUCUCUGAGGAGCAAUGAUUUGAACUACUUCUUCUACUUCACCCACGUGGAUGCAGGCAUGUUUGGCAUCUUCAACAACGGGCAUCUGUUCAUCCGGGACGCCAGUGCGCUGGGCGUGAUCGACAGGCAGGAAGGCAGCCAAGCAGCCUCCAGGGCAGGAGACGAUAAAGACAUCUUCAGCUGCCUGGUCUCUGGCUGCCAGACCGAGCUGCCCUCCUGUGACACCAUCCCUGAGAAGCAGAACCUGGUGCUGGUGUGCAGCCAGGUGUUGCCCCUGCUUCUCCAGGCCAAGUUCCCAUCCCCAAUGCGGGAGGAGAUUGAUGCUGAGCUCACUCGCUGUGCAGACGGAACCCGGCCAGACCCGGAGGUCCUCGGGGCUGCCAGCCGGCUGAAGGACAUCUUGAGACCCCUGAGAACCUGUGACCCCAGAUUCGCCUACCGCUACCCAGACUGCAAGUAUAAUGAUAAGUUCUGAGGGGCUGGAGCCUUGCCGACCCACAUCCUUGGAACUUCCACUGCCCACUCGGCUCACUGCAUCGUUGAAAGAAGCUGCUCCCUUUUAGCCAUUGGGAGAAAGGCACUUUGGUGUCCCAGAGACAGAGGAACAUGCCAACCACCAGAGGACAGUUGGGCCAGAGGGUGGUGUGACUGCUACCUGCCCCCUCCACCCCUAGCUGGGACAUCAUAGAAGAGCCCAGGGUUGGGCAUUGGAAGACCCGGGUGUGGACACUCACUCAACCUCUCUGAGCCUCAAUUUUCUCUCUUCUCCACAAGACUCUUGAGUUAGUGAAAAAUGCCAGAGAUGUGAAAGGCCCAGGACACACACUUCCUACUCCCAGCCCAGUUGGUUACAAAGAAUGUUCCAGAAGCACGCAUGCACAGGCAGGG